AGGCUUCUUUGGCAUCUGCUUAUGAAUUCAAAUGAAUAUCUGAAUAACUAUCUUUGAUUACUAUCUAUCUAUCUAUCUCUCUUCAAUCUAGAGAAUCCUUAUUUGUUUUUUUAUAUACAAAAAACAUCCUUAGUGAAACUUGUUUGUGUUUAAGGAAAACAUAGAUAUAUGAUUAAACUCUGCAUAUGCAACAGAAGCCAACAAAACAACAAUUAAAACACACCCAGAGAGACAUCCUUUAAGGCUUGCUUUUACUACUACUGAGCUACUACAGAAGUGGCCCUCCAUCAUAUUUUGUAGUUUUGUUAUCUUUUUUUUCUUUUUCUUUCCACUACUAUUUUUCUCUCUUGUCUUUCAAGCAUAGGUUAGAUGAUUCUCUUUUUUCAGCACUUUUUUUAUUGAAUCACAUCCAAUCUCAAGAAACUUUUUCUUCUUCCUUGUUGCCUUUGAAUUUCUCCUAAUCCUUCUGGGCAACCCAUAUCCUUGUAGAAUUGAUGUCUGGUUUGUACAAUCAGAUUUCCUCACCUGCAUCCCAAAGGGCCAAUUCUCCAAAUAUAAACAUCAGAAGCAACUUUGAUGUUGAUAGUCAGUACUUAACGGAGUUGCUAACAGAACACCAGAAGCUUGGACCUUUCGUGCAAGUCCUACCCUUGUGUAGCAGACUCCUCAAUCAAGAGAUUUUAAGGGUUUCUGGAAAGAAUGGAUUGCUGCAGAACCAAGGACUUAGUGACUAUGACAGAAUGCAAUUUGUAAGCCCUAGUCAUAUGGCUUCUUCAGACUUAACACCAAACUUCACUGGCUGGAACAGCAUGUCACAUGAAAGGUUAACAGGAGUACAGGGACUAAAUGUUGAUUGGCAAACAGCACCAGUUGUUCCAACUUCUCACAUUGUAAAGAAGAUAUUGCGCUUGGACAUUCCUAAAGAUAGCUAUCCAAAUUUUAAUUUUGUUGGCCGGCUUCUUGGUCCUAGGGGUAAUUCACUGAAGCGUGUUGAAGCUACCACAGGUUGCCGUGUAUUUAUCAGAGGGAAAGGUUCAAUUAAAGACCUAGACAAGGAAGAGUUGUUAAGGGGAAGGCCAGGCUAUGAGCACCUGAAUGAUCCUCUUCACAUUUUAAUUGAAGCUGAAUUACCUGCCAAUGUUGUUGAUGCAAGGUUGAGGCAAGCACAGGAAAUCAUAGAAGAGCUACUUAAACCAGUGGAUGAGUCACAGGACUUAUACAAGAGGCAACAACUAAGAGAACUUGCUAUGCUCAAUUCCAAUUAUAGAGAAGAGAGCCCUCAAUUGAGUGGUAGUGUCUCUCCAUUCACUUCUAAUGAAAUAAAACGGGCCAAAACUGAUCAAUAAUGGUUAUAUAUUGAGAAUUGAUGCAUUUGAUGUUGCUUCCUUUAACUAAAUUCUGUAAAGUUGCAAUGAGAAAGCCUUGCUGAUAUGAAGCAGAUUUGGAGAACAAUAUAAGGGGGAGAAACAUAUUCAUUGUUAGUCUAUUGCUUUAGUAGACUUGCAAAACUGGCAUAAUUCUUGUUAAACUAUAUUUUGAUCUAUUUAUCAAUCUAUCUGUAAUGAUGUAUAAAUA